GUCUCGACUCAACUUCAAUUUUCUGCCACACAAAACUCAAACGACUCGACUCGUUUUGUUUGCUUUCGUUCAUUUCCCUCCCCUUCCCUCCUAUUAUCUCCCCCCCUCAUUUUCCCAUUCCCCCUUUCUCUAAUAUCACUUGUUUCUUUCCCGAAGUCCUUCACCACUUGCCCAGAACUCAAUCAUCAAAUCACCAUCACAUCGUCAAAGCAGCGGCAGCAGCAGCUAGGUUUUUGAUCUCCUACUGUCGUCUCUCUCUGCCUUUGCUACCCCCACAUUUGGUUCUCAUACGCACCGGCCUUCUCCCUCCUAGCCUAAUUCAUCCGUCCGCCUCCAAUCCAUCAUAUCACCACCGUCACGACCCCCUCCCGACCCUAGAGUUAAUAUCUUCAUUCACCUUUUCAUCACCUCCACCUCCCCAUCCGCUCCCUUCAGCCCCGAAACGCACCCGUCAUUUCUUUCCCUGGUGUACACAGCAAGAAAGAAUACAAAUUUUUAGUCAAACCAAAAGAUUUUUCAGACGCGUCCUACAUAACCUGAAUUGAAAAGAAAACAGACCUGAAAACCGAGACAAUAAUUCAAGGAUGAGUUCUCCAAGCGCUUCCGGAGCUACGAAACGCCCUCUCGAGGAUUCUUCCUCUCCAAAUAUCAGGGAUGAACAUGAUUCCAAGCGCCCUUACCUUGACAAGGACGCUAAGGUGGAAGGUGAAUCCAGCAGAACCUCAUCCCCUACCCCUACCAAGACCGAGACUGCUGCUGCUGCUGCUGUUAGCAAGUUGGAUUCUGAGGAGGCAGCUCCAGAGACCAAGGAUGCCGACACUGAUGUUCCGGAUGCCCCCCAAGGAGCUGGGCAGCAAGGCCAGCAGGCGCAGCAAUCUGUCCCACAGGUUGACGAGAGUAAUUGGAUUCACAUGCGCGCAGUAAUCACUUCUGCGGAAGCGGCAACCGUAAUUGGGAAAGGGGGUGAAAAUGUAACUCAGAUCAGAAGGAUGGCUGAAGCAAAGUGCACCGUCUCUGACUACCAGAGGGGAGCCGGUGAGAGAAUUUUAACGGUUAGCGGAGCUGUGGACGCUGUCGCCAAGGUUUGUUUCCAUCCCGGGAUUUCGCUGUGGAUGGUUUGAUCAAGAGGUUUGUGUUGACAAUCAUAGGCAUUUGGACUUAUCAUUCGCACGUUGAAUAACGAACCACUUGAAGAAGCCUCAUCCCCUCAAUCCAAGACUUAUCCGCUUAGGCUCCUGGUUCCCCACAUUUUGAUUGGUUCGAUCAUUGGGAAGUCGGGUGGGAGGAUUAGAGAAAUCCAAGAGGCCUCGGGCGCUCGCCUUAACGCGUCUGGCUCAUGCCUUCCUCUUUCUACCGAGCGUUCUUUGGUCGUUCUUGGUGUUGCUGACGCGGUUCAUAUCGCGACGUACUAUAUUGCCAAUACUCUUGUGGAACAAUUGACGGAGCGUUUUGGUGGCCCUGCCGCGUCUGCGUAUGCAACUCGUUCCGGCGGUCCUGCGGGCCCGAUGCCUGGUGGAAUGCAAGUUGUUCCAUACCAGCCACAACCUCUUCAUGGAUCUUAUGGAAAUCCUGACACAUACAAACGCCACACCAACAAUGCUCAGCGGAACCCCAGCAAUCCUUACGGGAUUCCUUACCUUCAUGGGCCGGCCCCAGCCCCGGUUCCUCAGGCUCCCAUUCACUAUGCAGAUCCCCAGGCCGCCAGUGCCUACUCUGGCGCUGGCCCUCAUCAACCCGGCCAGGCUGGAGCUGGGCCCACUCCUCAGCAGGGGCCUGCGCCUAAUCCUAUGGCUAACAUGUUGCCCGGGCAACCGCUUACCCAACAGAUCUUCAUUCCUAACGAUAUGGUGGGAGCCAUCAUUGGGAAAGGUGGAGCAAAGAUCAAUGAGAUUCGACAAUUGUCAGGUAGUGUUAUCAAGAUCAAUGAGCCUCAGGACAACAGCAAUGAAAGAUUGGUCACUAUUACUGGCACCCAGGAGUGUAAUCAGAUGGCCUUGUAUAUGCUGUAUUCCAGACUCGGUACGUGAUUAACUUUAUGCUAUAUGAGUGAGAUAUUGGGAGGGGGGUGCAAGAUUGCUAACCGUUCGUGUAAUUUUUUGCGCCGUACAGAGAGCGAAAAACACCGAAUUUAAAGAGUGGAAGUAGUAGGGGAACAGGCAAAAGCGAACUGGCACUGCUGGGAGGGAACAAAAAAUGGGAGAAGGGAUUAUUUCCGGGAAACGGCGCUUGGUUUUCUUUUGUAUCCAAACCAUCUCUUUUUUACGCUGAAAUCUUAUUGAUUGUCUUGCUCGCCUUUUUCCCAUCUACUGUAAUCUUUGUGUGUUGUGUUUGCUCUGGUUUGAUUGAUUAACUGAUUGAUGCUUUGCCUGCUUCGUCUGAGAAUCUUAUCGAAGCCAAAGAGAAGAAGGAGAGGAAAAAAUGGAGAAAGGGGAUCCAAAACAACCAAUCUGUCCUCGAAAGCAUAGAAAGAUGUGGAUGUGAACCUGAUUUAUCCUAUUUUUUCGGUUGUGUUUUUUUCUUUUCGCGUGUGUGUUUGUGCGUGUGUCCAGGUGGGUGUGUUUUGCAUCGCGUCGACUUUCGACUUGGUUGGACGAGAUUCGGGUUUGAGAGGCAGACUACUGUGCUGCACCGGUAAGCGCACUGUAUAGCACAGGAUAAUACCUUGUACAGUACGCGUUGCGUGGACGGAUGAACGAUGAACGGGUUGAUCAGUGUAGCUUAUCUUGGACGAAUGGACGAGCGGCCAGAGGGGGGGGAAAGGCAGAUUUGGGUAGUGUCGUAUAGUAUAGCAUAGUCACCGCCGGCAGUCUUGCGAUCCGUCCAUCCGUCCUAUUCACAUCAUAAAUUUAAUGCCCAUUCUGUCCCAUUGUACAGUACCGUAUAUAAUUUAGACCUCCCCAACGGUUCAACCCAAGCACCGGCCACAGUAUAUUGUACAAUAUCACGACCUCGCACCAUUAAAAAGCCGUUCCCGAAAAUGCAUGGGUAUGAUAUCGAAUGUCCCAACCUCUUUCCCCUGCCUUACGGCUUAAGUUAAGUUACUCAUCCCAGCCCAUAAGUAUCAUACUAUGAUGUGGUGCAUAUACUUGAAUCAAAAUUUUUUUAAAAAAAUUCUCUUGCUAGUUUCCGAGAAUUAGGUUCAAGUGCGCACUGCAGCGUCCCGGUAGAGCCGCUACACUAGUAAAUUUAUUUUAUUUACUGUACAGUGCUAGUAUGAUGUGAUGUUUAUUACCGGUAUAAGUUACGAACCGUGCCAUACCAUGCUAUACGGGUGUCAUAUAACUUUCCAAUCGCGCAGAUUUGCUCUUCUUGGAGGGAGCGGGGUGAUCAAUAAUUGACGAUUGGGAUCGUCGUUGGGGUGGAUGAACUG